AUGAGUUGGGCCAGUAAUUCUAGAAACGAUUUAACUAAGAGUCUUGGCGAGUUCAUUGGAACUGCUUACUUUGUAUUUUUUGGUGUUGGAGGAAAUGUGGCACUUUCCAAUAAUAUUAUAGAUUCCGACGCUGGUGUCGCGUUAAUUGCAGGACCACUUGCUUGGGGAUUUUCUCUAUUGGUAAAUGUAUGGCUUUGGAUUCAAAUUUCUGAUGGAUUGCUUAACCCUGCUAUCACCAUAGCAUUGAUGGUCACCAGAAAUAUUGGAAUCUUUAGAGGAAUUCUUUAUAUUGUUGCAGAAUUUUUGGGUGCCCUUUUGGGAGCAUAUUUAAUCGAUAUUGCUCUACCUGGGUCAGAAGGUGGUGCUACCACUUUGGCCGAAGGAACAUCAAUAUUUCAAGGUUUAUUACUGGAAGCUAUUUGUACUUCAUUAUUGACACUUUCAGUAUUCAUCCUUGCCGUUGAAAAAACUGCUCAGUUUACUGCAGCUCUUGGAAUUGGAUGGGCUUUAUUCAUUUCUGCAAUUGCUGCUGGACCAUAUACUGGUGGCAGUUUAAAUCCAGCAAGAACAUUUGGACCUUCCAUAAUUACAGGAGACUUUGGAACUGCUAAUUGGAUUUAUUAUGCUGGACCCAUCCUCGGUGCUUUAUUGGCUUCUGCAUUUUGGUUUAUAUUCAAAAAAUUCAUUAAAAAACCAAGACAUCAGGAUGAUGAUGCCGAUCCAUUAUCAACAGGAAAAUAUUAG